AUGGAAGACACUCUGGUGUUUAUGUACGAGAGGGCAUUACGUGAAGUGCCUAUCUUCGGCAAAGUGGAGAGGUCAUUUAUAAGAGUGUUCACGCAACACCUCCGCGAGAUGUAUUUUCUUAAAGGCGACACCGUUAUACAGUGUCAUGAUGUACAAUCUUAUAUUUACAUUAUUUAUAGAGGAAAGGUGGACGUUUUGUCUUCUUAUAAUGAAAUGAUAACAUGUAUGGGACCUGGAGGCAUGUUUGGAAAUUUUUCUGGACAACCUAUUGCGUGUUCAUCUAUUGCUAUAUAUUCGAGUCGCAGUUUAGAUUUGCUUGUGAUACCAAGUCAAACAUUUUUCAACCUCAUUAAAUAUUAUCCUAAAAUACAAGAACCUCUCAACAAAGUAUUGGAAACAUCCAAGGAUUAUAUAAUGCCUAUAACUGUGAAUAUAGCUGACGAUAAUUCCUCAGGUUCACUGACAAUCACCAGUUCUUUUGCAGACACCAGUCAAGCGAACAGAUCUCUUACUGCUAGUACAUCGACAAAUUAUAGUUAUUCGAGCAUUACAAAUAUACUGAGACCAGGAUCAUGGUUGUUUCAGCUACCGGUUCUUCUACAUCAGACGCCGUACGUGAGACGUUGUGACCUCAUGACGGCCAUGUUUGGUCACCAUCUUAGGAACUGCUACCUCUUCGUUGACACCGAGCAGGCAUUUCUGAGGCAACUGGCUAGUGUAUUGGAUUACACUGUGUUCUUUCCAGGGUACUUAACCGCUAGAAUUAUAUUUUGGAUGUGCUUGUAUAGUUGUAAGGCUAUAUUAAUCAAAUAGGAGCAACGAGUAAUAUUAUAAGUCCAGUUUUGUACGUAUAAACUUUUCUCUUGAAUCACUGGAAACCGCUUUAAAAUUCAUUGUGAAGUUUACAAGAUCUCAGAAUACAAACAGCAGGAAGCAACUUUGAUUUAUAUUAUGUAUAGAUGAAAAUUAAGAUCCUAUGUUACAGGUAAUUAUAUUGUGGUGGCUGGUGAUUGCGACGCACGCAUGCUCUGGGUGGCUUCUGGCACCGUCUCCGUGGUGUCAGUCAGACCGGACCUGACUGAGACCACACAUGAGACUCUUGUCACUGGCGACGUCUUCGGAAUUCUGCAGGGUAUGAACAGAGGAAUUCCACACUGUUUUUCUUAUAGGGCGGAGAGUAAGGUUGCUAUACUAACAUUGAGUCUUGACUCGUGGUCAAAUAUUCUUCCUUUUUUCCCAACUGCUCAGGCGAUGGUAUUGGAGAGAGCUGAUGGUUUAUUUGCGCAACUUUAG